UUUCUUCUACAUAUAUUAUUUAUUUACAUAUGCAAAUUGGGAUCAUAAUACAUAUAGUUUUAUGUGCUCUGUAACUAUUGUGUGUUUAUGUUACUUUUAUUGUAAGAUACUGUGCAUGCAAAACUGCUGCAUAAAACAUGAAAUUUAAAGAAAAAUAAAAUAUGCACUUAAUCACAAGCCAGGUGAAGAAGAAAUAAUAUUACUUCCCCCCCAACCUUGUCUGCCCCUCCCUCCAUUCCUUAAGGCAGCCAAACAGAGAAAGAAUUCAUUUUCUUAAACUUGUUCACCUAUUUUAUUAUUUAAAUUGCAGCAGGACGGAAAUAUGCUAACUCUAUCCAAUCUGACACAGACACUGGAAAAUGUCUUCAAAAGGAUUUUUAUCACUUACAUGGACAACUGGCGCAGGAACACAACAGUUGAGCAAGAGGCCCUGCAAGCCAAGGUUGAUGCCGAGAACUUCUACUACGUCAUCUUGUACCUUAUGGUGAUGAUCGGAAUGUUCUCUUUCAUCAUUGUAGCCAUCCUGGUGAGCACAGUGAAAUCCAAGAGACGAGAGCACUCCAAUGACCCGUACCACCAGUACAUCGUGGAGGACUGGCAAGGGAAGUACAGAAGUCAAAUUGUGAACCUGGAAGAAUCAAGAGCCACCAUCCAUGAGAACACAGGUGCAGCAGCGCUCACCAUGUCUCCUUGAUCAGAGCUGGAGGCAGGGAGCCAACAUCUGACAUGCAAAUAUGAAGAGACGCUGGUUCCACGGAGUCAAUCCAAGUUGUCAUGCUUCAAAGACACUAAGUUCCUCACUCUGUGCUGAGAAUUUUCAACAAGAUCACGUAGUUGAUCAGCUAAGAGGACAUUUCGAUCUCAUGCUUCACGUUUGCUCUGUGGAGCAAUUUAUGCCAAAGACCUCUUUUCCUUUCUGUGCAACGUCAAUGUCAUUUUAAUCAAUGUCAACAGUGAAAAUAAAAACAUAUUUGAAGUAAUGUGCCUGGGCAGUGGCAGUAGGUAUAGGAAGGAGAAAUUAACAAAUCAUUGAAUAUUCUCCCUUGUGAAAUAUUAUUUUGUAUUUUUGACUGAUGUGAUUUAUAAGUAACCUAGGUGUAUUAUUCAGAAAUAGAGGUUCAAAAAUCUAUCACUUGCUCACUAGAUUGAAGUAGGAGCAUUUAUUUAUUAAUUCAUGAAUAUAGAGUCUGAAGUGACAAAUGAACAAAACCACAGGUUUCCUUUAUGUGUAUUGCUUCCUUGGCAGUGAGCUUAUUUGGAAGUUGGAAGACAGAACCAACUCAUAAGGGUAGAGUCCACACCAGAUAAAUAGAUCUUUAAGAACUUCCUGGUGUAAUAGAAACAUAUUUUUAAUUAACAUUUUAAAUUUUACAAAAGACUAAAAGUUCUUGUUAUUAUAGAAAAAAUAAUAAAACAUGAAAAUGCUGCCUGAUAGACCAUUCUUUUCAUUCAAUUUAUUUUCUUGGUUUACAAUUACUUAUUUUAUGUUUCAAGAAAUGUAUUUUCAUGAAUGUAUGGAAAGAGGCUGAAUUACUGAGGUCUAUUGAACAGCUAGACGGUAACUGCUUAAUAUUUUCACCCUGGGGGUCACGAUAUUAUAGAAUGUCAGGGCCAAAGGGCACCUUGGAGAUCACAGUAUCCUUGUCACACCAUUUCAUUUAUGGAUAGGCAACUCCAGUUCACAGUUUAGGUGACUCCAUUCCUUAAUUCAAUCAAGCACCAUUUAUUAUCUGUCUACUUGGGCCAAUGGCUUCCCUUGUGGCUCAGCUGGUAAAGAAUCUGCCUGCCAUGUGGGAGAACUGGGUUCGAUCCCUGGGUUGGGAAGAUCCCCUGGAAAAGGGAAAGGCUACCCAGUCCAGUAUUCUUGCCUGGAGAAUACCAUGGUUUAUACAGUACAUGGGGCCGCAAAGAGUUGGACAAGACUGAGCGACUUUCACUUUCAGUGUCUGGGUCAAUGGCCUAGACCAGGAGUAUACAUAUAAACAGGAUUCCCUGAGCUGGAGGAACUCACUCAGCAGAGAGGGAGGCAGACACAAGGAGGCAGUCAGAACAUCCUGAUGAUACAAUGUGACAGGGUUAUAAUGGAGACCAACACAAAGUGGGAGGAGCCAGGACAGAGGGCCGGCCUAACUCCGGUUAAGGUCCAGAGAGCAGCUGAGAGGGGAAAGUCAAUAGCAAGACAGAUAUAUGGGGUGUAGCCUCAUGAAGCUUCAUGCCCCCUUGUUUAUACUCUGCUCCUUCCCCAGCUCCCUGUCUACUCAGCAAAGACAGGGCAUUGUGAACAAAGCCUCAAGUCUCAGAGCACUGAGACAAAAUUGAAAACAAGAGUCCUUCUUCAGCGUCUUAUAUGGAUUACAAGAU